GUACAAUGUACUGCCCGAAAGGUUCAGGAAAAAGAAUUCGCGGCCUGGACUGCCAUUCUACAUGUCUCCAUCCUCGAUCCUGACGUCUCCUGGUUUUGACAACGGGCUAAAUUGGCAUUUUGUGAUGUCUUCAGAGGAUGAUGUGACGUACUGCGGGGCCAACAUGGCUGGUCACAAAACAAUUGCCGUUGUUCGCAUAUUGGCCUAUCAUUGAUCGAUGAACUGAACAACAGCACAACUAACCAAAAUGCAGACGAGUUGGGAACACCCACACUCGAAGACAAGUGUUACUGACAGGUGCUGUCACCUAUUAAAAGUAGUCGGAACUAUUUUACAUGCCAGCUAAAAACAAGUACCAUUCUGAAGAAAUAUGGCUGUGUUUCAGAAAUGUACUCGAAUUUUGCCCGUUUUUGGUGGCGUCAGGCGAUUAUAUGGGCCUGGUCGACAAAUGAUAUCAAAGACAAUGCGUAGUUUGAGUUCUUCACAAGGCUUUGCUGCAGAUGAAAAACCGAGGCACCCAGGGUCUAAGGCUAACGCUUAUACAGAGAAGCUGGAGUUCCUUCUUCCAGAGUCCGUUGCUGCUAUACCAACAUACAGAGUUAUGAACACAAGAGGUGAAAUCAUAGACCCCAGUCAGGAUCCAAAGCUGGAUAAAGACACAGUUCUGAAAAUGUACUUCUCGAUGACAAAGUUGAAUACGAUGGAUCGAAUCUUGUAUGAGUCGCAGAGACAGGGCAGAAUCUCCUUCUAUAUGACUAACUAUGGGGAAGAGGGCACACAUAUUGGUUCAGCAGCAGCUUUGGAUCCAAGAGAUCUUGUAUUUGGACAGUACAGGGAAGCUGGUGUGUUGAUGUGGCGAGGGUUCCAGUUGCAGGAGUUCAUGGACCAGUGCUAUGGUAACAGUGAUGACAAGGGCAAAGGUCGCCAGAUGCCGGUUCAUUAUGGAUCUCGAGAUCUUCACUUUGUCACGAUAUCUUCCACGCUUGCUACACAAAUGCCACAAGCAUCUGGAGCUGCCUAUGCCUACAAACGAGCGCAGAAUGGUCUGUGUGUCAUGUGUUAUUUUGGGGACGGUGCCGCCUCUGAGGGAGAUGCUCAUGCAGCAUUUAAUUUUGCAGCUACGUUAGAUUGUCCUGUGAUAUUUUUCUGUCGAAAUAAUGGUUAUGCAAUUUCCACUCCAACUCAUGAACAGUACAGAGGGGAUGGAAUUGCAUCACGUGGUCCAGGAUAUGGCAUGCCGGCUGUUCGUGUGGAUGGAAAUGAUGUAUUUGCCGUAUAUAAUGUGACCAAGGCAGCAAGGGAUAUAGCUGUGAAUCAGAAUAAACCAGUUCUAGUCGAGGCUAUGACAUACAGAAUUGGUCACCACAGUACAUCGGAUGAUAGUUCGGCUUAUCGAUCAGUCGAUGAAGUGAGUUAUUGGGACAAGGAGGAUCACCCUAUUGGCAGGCUCAGAUCUUAUAUGGUCACACAAGGCUGGUGGAGUGACCAGGAGGAAAAAGAUUGGAAGAAAGAAUGCAAGAAAAUGGUGAUGGAGGCAUUCAGCCGCGCCGAGCAGAAACUGAAACCAAACCCAGCGAAUCUCUUCAUUGAUGUUUACGACAAAAUGCCGACUCAUAUAGAAAAGCAGUUUAGUCAAAUGAAAACACAUGUAGCAGAAUAUGAAGAACAUUAUCCCGUUGAUAAAUUUGAAAAGAUUGAGUAAUUAAUUAUUUUUCAUUCCUUUUUUGUAAUGGUGAGAGUUUGUUUUCGUUUGGAUAGUAUUUUGCAGCAUUGGGUGAUUUUUAGAAACAUUACUCUAGAGUACAGAGACUGUUGUUUCCUUUUCCAACAUUUGAGACUGUGUCAAUAAGAUUACGUGCAAAAUGUUGAAAAUGUUGGAAAUCUCAACCUCUGCAUUGUACCGAACAUAUGAGAUAUUUCGGAAUAUGUUGGUCGAGCAGUAUUAUUUGUAAAUACAUGUUUGUAUUAUGACAGUCGAAUGUUGAUGUUUAGCAUCAUAGUCAAUCAUGAGUUCAUAGGGUAAAAUUGUUCAUAUCAUUUAAAGGGCGAUGAUAAAUGACAGAAGAUUGGUUGAAUUUGGGGUGUGCUGGCUACAUGUAAGUAGGACUGUAUGCAAGCUUUAGUAAUUUGUGUGAUGGGUAAUAUUGUGUCAGAUCAAUGUAUGUAAAUUGUCAAAUUCAACGAAACAUAAACAGCCAAAGUUAUUGGGCAAUAUCAAAAAUAUAUGAUAUUCAUUUUUGGUGAUAUGAAUAAAGACUUGUUAAUGUUUUUACUUCAGUUAUGUACAUGAAGUUUUCAGGAAAGCAUUUAUUAGUCCUUUUGAUUCAUGUUAUCCAGUGUCUUGUCUCAGUUUUAACUCGGAGUACAAACUGGUGUCCUUUAACAUGAUCUGAUACCUAGUGUUGCAUUUAACAAUGUACAUGUAUGUUGCUUUAUCUAAUCUGUACUCCAUCCCAAUUGGGUUAUUAAUCAAAGCGUUCUUGCAGAGUACUUAAAUUUGUAAAUUUGUAUUUUAAUUCAAUUAUCCUAACACUUUCAUAAAGAGUCAGUAGAUCAUAUUUUAAAUUGUUUGAAAUACAGUUCACCUAUUGCCUAUGAAACACUAGCAAGUUAAAUCACAACUGGCCAAAUUUCUGUCCCAAAAUAUUGCCAUAUGAAACCAGCCAUUUCAAGGGGCAAAUUUCUCGGUGCCCAAAAAAACAAGCGAAAACGACAUUUCCCAUCACAACAGAGAUAGAUAUGACGUAAUAGACACGGCAGCUUCUGUGUAUGGUGCUGUUUUUUUGCGGGAAUGGCUAGUCAAACUUAAAUUGGCCCAUAAUGGCCACAUGCAACCUGAAAUCCACUAAAAAGUUUGUGGGUUGUUUUCUAUACAAGUGUUUACUGUUAAGUACAGUAAUGAAAAGCAGUGCAGUUCCAAUCCAGACCCAACUUCUCAUUAAAAGCAUUUUGUUGGUAUUGUCACAUUUGCAGUAACUUCAACUUUGGCAUAAUUUACUCUUAUGGUGUGUCCCAAUAAGUGCUGGUUAAAAGGUUUGUGGUCUUUGGGUGUAUGUGUAUAGGCUGAGUUCAGCUUUGAAUAAUAUUUGAAUUUCAUAUCAAUAAUGUUAACUUCUGACUUGGAACUUUGGUUAAAACAAUUGAGUGGAAUUGUAUAAAUCAUGUGUAAUAAAAUUACAAUGU